GCCUUGCUGUUUCCAGAAGGAGCAGAGCCCUCCCGGCUCUCUCCAGGGGGCCUGAAGCAUCCUUCAGUCCAUAACUUUGCAAAGUUAAGGCACAUCUGCCUGUCACAGUUCACUGCACCAGACACCAUAAGCUCUCUGAGCCUCCCUACACUUGCAAGCAAAAGUUCAAACAAACUUACGGACUCAGAUUUUGAUGAACAGAAAGACAAACAGGAACCACGCUAAAAGCUUGAGACCUCUGAUUCACUGUUCCAGUGUUUUCCCACAGGGAGUCACUUCCUGGCCCAUGCACCAAAUGUAAGACUCCGGGGAGCCUUAGCUUACUGGGGAUCCCCUUAGUAAACCACGUGGAGCCAGGAUCGAUGCAAAAAGCAAGAGGAAUUUAUUGUUCCAGUGCACUGGGGUUGUCCCAGACCCGAAGGAGAGGCAGCGACCCUCAGCACCCAGUUGGCAAGUUUUUAUACGGUUUCCAAGGGCAGAAUAGAGCAUCAGCAACUAGGCACAAUAUGAUUGGCGGUACAGUGCACCCUUUAAACUGAUUGGUCUUUAGGGCCAAGGACUUCCCUUGUCUGAAGGUGGGCAGUCUGUCCUGUGGAAAGUGUCCCCACCCACAGGCCGGUUCCUGCCCUUUAGUCUGAGAAAUGUUAAAUAGCCUCUCCCUUCCAGAGGGGCGAGUGUUUCAUGACCUUUUCACAGUCCCUAAGCUGACCUUUUCAAGAGGAACUGAUCUAAAAGUUUCUCUCUGUUCUGAGAGAUCCAGGAGUACAUUUGUGUAGGGAGUGACCCUGUUUGAAUGUUAACUGUUAACUUGUCAACCAUACGUGCUUACUCACAAAGUCUUGGCCUUACUGGAAAAGUACUAGCUUAGUUGAGAUCUCUUUGGGAAAAGUUGAGACCUCUGUGGGAAAGAACUAGCUCAGCGGAGAACAAAUUGCGAUAGAUCUUAAAGUCAGGUAGAACAAGUAGCUAUAGAUUUUAGUGGGCAGGUACCUAGCAAGCUCUUCUGUCCUUUCUGUACCCAGCCAGCAUUCUGUUCUUGGGAGCAGGUGCUUUCCCCAGAAGACUAAGCAGCCCUGCUCCAUGCCCCGCCCCAUAUCCUGCUUCCAUUGGGUAUAAAACCUGCCUGGGCGCUCCUUCGAACAUGGUGGACAUGCCUAAGACCCGCCAGGCAUUCUGCAAGAAAUGUGGGAAGCACCAACCCCACAAGGUGACACAGUACAAGAAGGGCAAGGAUUCUCUGUAUGCCCAGGGAAAACGACGUUAUGACAGGAAAUGGAGUGGCUAUGGUGGGCAAACUAAGCCUAUUUUCUGCAAAAAGGCUAAAACUACAAAGAAGAUUGUGCUGAGACUGGAGUGUGUUGAGCCCAGCUGCAGAUCUAAGAGGAUGCUGGCUAUUAAGAGAUGCAAGCAUUUUGAAUUAGGAGGAGACAAGAAGAGAAAGGGCCAAGUGAUCCCGUUCUAAGCCGAUUUUGUUAUGAAGACAAUAAAAUCUUGACCUUUCAAACCC